UGCGUUUUUCUCACGAUUUUCACGUUGUCGGUCGUGUUUGGAAAGAGCUUCUCCAAGCACGUGGGCCUUGUGAAGGUGGAUCCAAUUCGUGCUACUGGGGACUCUUUGGCUGGGCACCUGUGCGGAUUGGUGUCAACUCGGCCUUUGAGCAGUGUUUCAGGUUUGGUCCUGGAUUUUGAAGGUCGUGUUUUCGCGCUUCCCCGUGCCAGGCUUUUUUUUGACAUCGAGGCAUACUGCCCGGGCCUUCGCUGCUUCCGUUGUCAUGGCCAUCAAUGCCAACUGAUCUUUGAGGUUUGGGUCCCAACUCGCCAAUCUGUCAGGCCCCCUGAUCUUUGGCUUAGCGAGGCCCGGACACCCCCCCCGUCCCGUGCCAGGAUUUGCGCGACUCGGGCCUUUUUGCUGAUUGCGCCGUCAGUGUUGAUGUGCGGAUUUCAACUGAGCUUUCAGGGUGGGGCCCAACCUUGAUCUCUUUGACCCGGUGAGGUUUGCGUUGUUUUUUUGUGUGCUUUUCCCAACCCCGUCAAGCCGCGCCGUCAGGCCCGUGUAUCUUUGGAAAUCGUGACCUCGUUGAGCCAGGCACUCCGAACUUUUGAGCUUGCGCCUCGAGCUCCACGUUCCGCCCGGGCCCUCGCCGCGUUCCAUUGUCAUGGCCAAGAGGUCCCGUGCAGGUUAUUGUCAUUUGAUCUUUGUCACCAAUCUGUCAGCCCCCUUGAUCUUUGACCCAGUGAAGCCCUGACGGUCCGUCCCGAGGGUCCCUGGGGUCCCUAGGGUCCCUGGGGUCCCUGGGGUCCCUGG